AUGGGAAUCUGCUUUUACUCAUUAAAAUGCAAAGCAAGGAGCGAGUACAUGAAGCGCUACCAGGAGCCGCGCUGGGACGAGUACGGGCCGUGCUACCGCGCGCUGCUCCACUACCGCCUGGGCCGCCGGCUGCUGGAGCAGGCGCACGCGCCCUGGCUCUGGGACGACUGGGGCCCGGCCUGCGCCUCAGACGACUCGGCGUUGUCGGCGUCCUCGGGCGCCAGGGCCCCCGCACCCCAGUGCGCCCCGGCCUCGCCGCCGCCGCCCGUGGAGCCAGCGGCGCGCGAGGAGCCGGAGCAGCGGGCGCGCGCGGCCCCGGAGGAGGAGUUGGGCGCGGAGGCCGCGGGGGACGCGGACGCCGCGGAGGACUCGGCGCUGCCAGCACUGCCAGUGAAAGACAUAAAAGAAAAACCUGAACGACAGAUGAGAACCAGAGAGUCUGACAAAUUACCCAGCAGUACCGAACCUCAACAACCACCAAGUGCCUUACCUGCCAGAGGAAGUAGGAGAGCGGUCAACAGUCCUCAAAGGUCAUCAGCUAAAAUAAAAGAACAUAAGCAUCCGUUUGUCCUUUAUGGGUGGGGAGAAAAACAGACGGAUACAGGAAGCCAAAAAACUCACGACGUCUGUGCUUCUGCCCCAGUGCAUGAGAUUCAUGAAUCCGCGUUGCGAGCCAAGAGCAGAAGGCAGGUGGAGAAGAGGCAGCUGUCGGCUCAGAGGCAGCGGGCUCACUCCGCCGACGUGGACAGAACCAGGCGGGUCAAGCCUGCCUCGUCGGAGAACCCGUGGAUGACGGAGUAUAUGAGAUGCUACUCCGCCAGAGCUUGA